CUGCAUUAAAAAUACAUUUGAAUUUUAAGUUCAAUAUUUCUUUCAAAUGACGUAUGACUUUCAUUCACAUUUUUAGUUCAUACAUUUCUGCUCUUGAUCAUGAAAAUUAGUUUAGUUAUGUGUAAUCUUGAAUUUUUUAUUUUGGUCGUAAUUCUUCAAAACAUACUCAACGUGUCGCUGUGCCCCAACAAAACGGACGAUUUUUCAUUAAUUUAUUUAUUUUGUAGACGCCAUGACAGUUCUUGCUCACCGGCGACGCGGCGAGUCUAUAAAAAGCGUGCGGGGAUGCAAGUGCUUCUGACUUUCUCCAUCGAAUAACACUGUGAUACUUCCGUAGAACGCAUGUGAAAAAUAAGUCAAUAUAGGAAUACACCGAAUGUCUUCCAUUUGCGAUCUUCAUUGUUAAGGACUGCUGUGUGUUUUGGGCUCGCAAAGACAACACGCUUCACUGACAGAAUGGAGUACGCAAUAUUUAUUCUGCUUUCAGCACUCGUUUACGCGGCGUCUUCUGUCACCCAUUAUUCUGUUCCGGAGGAGAUGGAGGUAGGCUCUGUGGUUGCUAAUUUGGCUGCAGAUUUAGGAAUCGAUGUACAAACAUUGGGAAGACGAAAAAUCAGGCUAGAUAUCCUUGCAAAUAAGAAAUAUCUGGACGUGAACAAAGACACCGGAGACCUGUUUAUUUUGGAGCGCAUUGACAGAGAGUAUCUUUGCAUAUCAAAAACAGUAUGUUACUUAAAAAUGGAAGUCAUACUGGAAAACCCAGUUCGUAUAUUUAACAUUGAAUUGGAAAUAAUGGAUAUUAACGACAAUGCGCCUUACUUUCGUAGGGAUACGAUUAAUUUGGACAUCUCUGAAUCUACAGCUGCUGGUGAGAGGUUUUCUCUUAGUAAUGCGGUUGACCCUGAUAUUGGUUCAAAUUCCAUUAAAAGUUAUCAUUUGAGUGAGAGUGCAAAUUUUGAUAUCGAAAUACAGACAGGGAGGGAUGGUUCAAAAUUUGCUGAUUUAAUACUGAAAAAAGCCUUAGAUCGCGAGGAGCAGGCCAUACAUAAUCUGAUCCUCACUGCUGUGGAUGGAGGAGUCCCCGCGCGCUCUGGCACGGCUAGCAUUAUUGUGCGCGUUCUGGACACGAAUGACAACGCCCCUCAAUUCGAUAAAGACAGUUAUACUAUAAAUCUAACAGAAAACUCGCCUAUUGGAAGCCUUGUAGUGAAAUUAAACGCCACAGAUAAAGACGAGGGCUCAAAUUCAGAUUUACUUUACUCUUAUAGUUUGUACACAUCAGAGAAAACGCAGCAGACAUUCAGUCUGAAUCCUAACAAUGGUGAAAUCAGAGUGAAAGAAAUGAUUAAUUAUGAGGAUUUCAGGAUCUAUGAUAUGGAAAUUAUAGCAACAGAUAAAGGAACUAAUAGUCUUUCUGGAAAGUGCAAAGUAAAGAUAUUAAUCACAGAUAUGAAUGACAAUCAUCCUGAAAUUUCAAUCAAAUCUUUCUCAAGUCCAGUUAAAGAAGAUGUAGCUGUAAAUACAGUAAUUGCAGUUGUUAGUGUGAGUGAUAAAGACUCAGGAGAAAAUGGACAGGUAGAUAUUCAUAUUUCUGAUGAUUUACCUUUUGCGCUCAAAGAAUCAUCUGAUAAUUAUUAUGAAUUAUUAGUUUCAGAACCGUUAGACCGUGAAAGGGUUCCAGAAUAUGACAUCACUAUUACCGUGACUGACAGGGGCAACCCACCGUUAUCUGAUAAUGAAACUAUAACUUUAGAGCUUCUGGACGUUAAUGACAAUGUUCCUCAGUUCCCACAGACAUUCUACACGAUACCUGUUAUGGAGAAUAACGCGCCUGGAGCUUCACUGAGCUCUCUAACUGCUAUAGAUCCAGAUCUCCACGAAAAUCAGUAUCUAGUUUAUUUCAUAAUAGAGAAGGAAAUAGCGAACACCUCCAUGUCCAUGCUGUUCUCCAUUAACCCAGAGAACGGCAAUCUUUACGCGCUAAAGACGUUUGACUAUGAGAUAGAGAAGGAGUUUCUUUUCCACAUCGAGGCCAGAGACUCUGGUGUUCCUCCGCUCAGCAGUAACGUGACCGUUCACAUUAUUAUCAUGGAUCAGAACGACAACACACCGCUUAUAGUGUCUCCGUGGCGCGCGCACGGCUCGGAGGUGAAGGAAAAGAUCCCGAGAUCCACCGAUAAAGGAACUCUGAUAGCCAAAGUCAUCGCCAUAGACUCUGAUUCAGUGCACAACUCUCGAAUCACGUACCAGUUCCUCCAGAACACGGACGCCACAUUAUUCAGCUUGGAUCAAUACAACGGAGAGAUCCGGACCAUGAGAAUGUUCAGUUACAGAGACUCGCGAGACCAGCGGCUGGUGGUGAUCGCCAAGGACAACGGAGAGCCCGCGCUCUCUGCUACAGUCACCAUCAAACUGUCCACGGUGGAGACCGCCCUUAAAACCUACACUGAGGUGCCUCUGGAAUAUGACAUCUUCUCCGAUUUGAACCUGUAUCUGGUGAUCGGACUGGGCUCUGUGUCAUUUCUUUUACUCAUCACUAUACUGGUCACCAUCGUGCUGAAGUGUCAGAAAGCGAAGCCCAGCAAAGCGGCUCCUCCGUGCAGGAACAGUGUGAUCAGCGAGAGGAACUCGACCAUCGCGGAUUCCACUCUGGUCUCCAACGAUGCCUACUGGUACAGUUUAUUUCUAGCAGAGACGAGGAAAGGGAAGCUGGUGGUCAGACAGCCUGUGCCAAAGGGAGCGAGAUACAUCGUGUCCAGUAUACCGAGGAGCACAGGACUGACCGAGACCAGCGACUCUGCUGCAUCUACUCUACAGUACUCAAAAUGAACGAGGUCCCUUCUCCCGCUGGAGGCAUCCACCACCACCAGCAGCAGUUCCACCUGAGGACCAUCCCCGGCGUUAUUGCUGGAGAACAACAUUCCAUCAACCUGCAUGUUUGUCCACCUGCAUCAAUUACAUCCACCUGCACCAUUCUUCAGAGAUGAAACGAACCCUGAAUGAUGCCUUCAUCUUCACGUCAAUGUUCGGAGAGUUUUGCCCUCGCUUUUCCCAACAAGCCCAUGGACGAUCUGACCAGAGGAAUUACUCUUACACCUGACCGGACUUGGACUGAGUCUGUGAGCGUACACACACACACACACACACACACAUACACACACACACACAUAUGCAUACCUUUGUCAAAGAAACUUUUCUGCAAAACCAGUGUGCUUGUGUUUGCAUGGUUAAAGCUCCAUGUUAGACCUUCAUUAUGUAUAUAGCGACUAUAGUGACAAUGGAGAGAGAAAUUAUUACCAGAAUAUUCUCACAUGACCUGACAGGACACUGAAUUGCAGAAAAUCCCAUAUUUAAUCUGUAGAUUUGUCUUUUUUUCUAGUAGAAAUAUCUAAACAUCCUUGAAAUAAGAUUAAGUUGCCUAAUAAGCAAAUCUUUUAAAGUGUAAACCUCACUAAAUUUACAAAACACAAGGGAAAAAAGACUGAAAAUGACAUUACAAAAUAUUUAUAUUGGACAUACAUGCUCUGAAGUGCAGUUAAUCUCAUGCAUUUUGCUUCUCAUGUAAAUAUAUCUGGUUUCAUGCAUGUUUAGAUAUUUUUACUGAAAAAAAAAAAAGAUUUAUGGGAUGUUAUUUUUGCAAUGUGAGAGAUAUUGUACAAGCACAAAGAGGAUUCAAAUGAUGCAGACCUGUGGAGAGAUGGUGCUAGACUGAGUUUGGACAUUGAAAGCUUCUCUUUCCCUACAACAGAUGUAUAAAGCAUUUCUUAUGUGUUUUCUUGGAUCUCAUAAAGACUUCUAUCAGAAUUAUACAAGUGUAUUCAGAAUAGGUCACAGCAAAAUUGAUUUGUUGUGCCUUAUAGUCUUUACUCUUCUCUGUAAUGUUGUAUUAUGCCAUUGUUGCUGUUUGUGUCAGUAUUUUGAGUUUCAGUUUUCAAGUUGAAUCUAAGCACUGAUCUGACACAGAAAGUGUAGAGAACGGAGUACCAUUGUUAUUAUGAUCUCUCCUGAAUCUGAUAUGAUUUUCUAUGAGUGUAGUGAAGGCUGUAAAAUAACCAUGACUGUUUCCUCUGUGGUGAAGGAUCUAAGGAUCUGUUUCAGUAUGUGUGAAGCUUUAAGAGAGCAGCCAUACAUUUGUGUUGUUUUAUUUUCUUCUUUUUGUUUUAUUAUCAUGUAUAACCAUUAACCAAAUUUAUCAUUUGAUUAUUUAUGCCAUUUAUCAUUUAAUCUUUUGUCAAUUUUAUUAUAUUUUUAUAUCAUUAUUUUCCUUGCUCUUGCAAUGCUUGCUACUAUUUUUAAUCCUUUUGAUUGUGGCAUUUCACGAAUAAGAGAUAAGAGGGAAUAUUGCAAUUUCAAGGUUUUAUGGGAUGAUGUUGUGAAGCAGUUUGGUAUAUAAAAAAAAAAAAAAACCUGUUUUAUUUGUGCUGGUCAGACAAAGAUUAUUCAAUAAACCCUCCUCAUUUCUGCUAAUUCAUGGCUCAACCCCUCAGACUUGGGUACCAGACAAAACAAUUUUGUGAAUCAGACAAGACUGACAAAAGAGACUGGAUCCAGUAUUCCUGGCAUGGGGAUCCGAUGUAACCUUGGUGUUUGGUGACAUUCAUAAAUGCACAAACGCAGACACAGCACAGUGAUGUCAUAGUGCAGAGGCAUUUGAAGGUCACAGUCGUUUCCUUAAUGAUGAGACUCAUUAUAGCCAUUCUCUGAUGCCCAAGAUCUCACUGAGAUGUUAAUUAGUGGGUCACUCCUUUUUGUCAUGUAUAAAAACACCACACUAUUUAAGAGAUGGAGACAUACAGUAAAGAGUUCAAUCAGCCUUCACUAAAUCUUUAAAAUAAGGCUAAAUAUAAAGAGCACUCAAGGUGGUGGAUGACGUAACUUGCUUUAAAACAAGAAAAGAUGACAAUUGUUAUUGUUUACUUUGCACAUUCAUAGGCUAUAUAAUUUUUAUGAUCUAAUAUUAUGGAAUGUUUUUAAUGCUCAUGAAAAUGCUUUGAAAAAAGACAAUUUAGCGUAAAACAUUGUAAAAUUUGUACAUUUUUAUUUUCAAUGUGAAGGUUAUGUAUUAAUAUUUAUGUAUUAAUAUAAACUUUCAUUUUGCUGCUUUUUUUGUUUUUGAUGUUUUCUAUUUGCUGUCUAUAUUGCAGAAUAUCUGGACAUCAGUAUUUUAUUUCAGUGAACAAUAUGGUGUUGUUUUUCUGAUAUUUUGCUGCCUUUCUGAAAUGUCAUUUAUAUGGGAUAUGGCAGCUUCCCCAGGCAGGUCAAGAGGUCAGCAUGUCAUGGGGUGAAUUUAGUGACCAACUUGUCAAAGCAAUGCACAUUACAAAAUACAUUCUCCUUAUAUUUUCUGUUCUAGAGGAACAAAUGCUGGGUGUUUAAACAGGAAGUAAUCAUUUCAAGGCUCUUAGCUAGCUGUCUCAGAAAAUGUGGCUAAUUCUCAGACAUGAACAUAGCAUUAUCUGAGAUGAUCAGAGAGAUGCAUUUUUGUGAUGAAAUAUAAAGGUGUUUUUCUGUGAUUUAAUGUCUGUCAGUGUGAGCAGCUAUAAGUAGGUCACCCAUCUCUCACUGCCCAGAAAAGAGGCUAGAAUUAAUUUACCCAAAAGCCUCAUUUUGUGAUAUAAAUAUGGGCUGUCUAUAUAAAGCGAUCAUCUCUUAUGCCUUCUAGUCCCAUACAAUUCUUCUUCAUUCUCCCUCCUUUAUCCAGUUUAUUAAACAUGCAUUUUCUACCAGCAUUUGUGCUCUAAAGCAGACAAACGGCCUUCCUAAAGCUGAAUGCAUCCAUGAUCUGCCUUGGAGAAUCUCACCAGACCCUCUUUGCUCAUAAGUAUCUGCUGAUAUAUUUGUACUGCAUAUUUACAAUAGAUAAAACAUUGAAAAUAGUAUGUGAUUUCUGUCAUUCUCCAUGUAAUUCAGAACUACAUAAAACAUGAUGGGACUUUGUAAUACGUUUUAGCUUUUAAAUGACUUAUCCUGUAGCUGAAUUCAGAUGCACUGGAGUAUAAAAAUAAAAACACAUUGUUUGUACAGUA